AUAAUAAUAACUCAUCGUGUUACUCUUCGUUUUGUCAAAAGUCGACCGGCCAAUCAUCAUCAUCAUUAUCAGCCCGACCCCGAUGUGAUUCUUCCACACCGGCGUCGCCGCCUGCAAAAGUCCCACUGCUGCUGAAAAUGGGCAGCUCCGAGGAGCAGUCCGAUCUCUACGAUCCCUCCUCUUCCCCCACCCAGCCUCUCCUCUCCAAAUCCUUCCCUUCCCCCAUCGACGGCCCCUCUUCUCUCGCCGCCGGCGACCCUUCCACCUCCGACCCCGACCAAUCCCAGUUCCUCCAGAUCUCCUACAACCACGGCCCCCGACCGUUCAAAGACCUCCCCUUCCUCCUCCUCUUCUCCCUCUUCCUCCUCUCCACCUUCGCCUUCGGCAUCUUCGCCUCCGUCAAUCGCAACUCCUCUUCCCUCUCUUCCUACUCCUACGACUCCUCUUCCUCUUCCUGCGUCAAGCAAUCCUCACUCUCCCUUCUCUACAAUUCACUCUCUCUCCACUCCCUUUCUUCCGGCUUUCUAACCACCUCCAUCUGGACGCUUGUGAUUACCUUGAUUUUGAGCGUCCCCCUUGUCCUGGGCGUCCUUUUCUCACUCAAGCGUUACUCCAAACAGCUGGUGUACGCUUCCCUCCCCUUAUUUAUUGGAAUCCCUAUUUUCGUAAACGUGUACUGGUUCGUUGCCUGUACUGUCAACUCCUCCUGCAGCGAUUCUUUCCCCCUGGCUUACCGGAUUUUGCUUCUCGUGUUUGUGUUUCUGAUCAUUGCGGUGCUCGUGUGGAUUAUCGUGGUGAAUUGGCACCGGAUUGAAUUGACCGUGAAGAUUAUUGGGGUUGCCUCUCAUGCUUUGUCGAGGAACUUGCGUUUGUUUUGGAUUCUUCCGACUUUGACUUUGGCUUUGGCGGUUUAUUAUGUGCCCAUUGUUGUGUUCUUGGUGUUUGCAAACCAGAAUGGGAAGGUUGUGCCUCGGUACAAGGAUGGAGACAUUUACUGUACAUGGAAGAAAGAUAGUUGGAUUCCUGCUUACUAUGCAUUGGCAAUCCUGACAAUGUUGUGGUCUGCCACCGCAAUGCUGGAGGCACAGGUUUAUGUGAUCAGUGGGACUGUUGCACACUGGUACUUCUCUAAAGAUCAUGCAGUUCCACGGCGAAGCUUACGCAAUUCCCUGAGAAAUGCCUUUGGCCCUUCUGCGGGGACAGUAUGUUUUUCUGGAUUACUUAUUUGCGUAGUUCGUGUGGUGAGGGCUUUGGUUGAUAGUGCAAGAGAAGAUGCUUCAGGGAUAGUGAAUGUCAUCUUGCGGUGCUGUGUUAAUGCCCUAUUGUCAUCUUUUGAAUUCCUUAAUAAGUUCACCAUAAACUUUGCGGCUAUAACUGGUGAAGCUUACUGCACUUCUGCAAGGAUGACAUACGAGCUUCUCAAAAGGAAUCUUCUCUCAGCUGUAUUCGUAGAGACUGUUUCUACCCGUUUACUAGUUGUUAUUGCCUUUGUUCUCUCAGCAAUUUAUGCAAUUCUGGUUUGUGCAAUACUAAAUGGUGCCAGCAGUCUUGGAGCAGAAUCGUAUUUUGUAGCUGCCAUGGCUUGGGGGCUGCUGAUUGUGGUGCUUGGAUAUUUCGUGCAUGUGUUGGACAACGUUAUUGAUACAGUGUACGUGUGUUACGCUAUCGACAGGGAUAGAGGGGAAGUAUGUAAGCAGGAGGUCCAUGAUGUUUAUGUUCACCUCCCCAUCAGUAGGAACCAUAGGCCGCCUCUAUUUCCUAGAACUCCACUUGUCUAACCUGUUUCAAUCAAAAUUGAUGUUGUAAUCCACUUGUAACAUGUGCUCCUUGAGGAGUUAGUAACUGCAGCUGGUAGCUCGUGCAAAUGUUGUUAAAUUUAAGGUUUCUCAAUAAAUUAACAAAAUUUUUGAUCCCA